GGCGCGAACUGGCGUCGCCUCACGCUGCGAGCUGCCGUGAAUUUCGACAGCUCGCAGGAAGGGACGCGAGAAGAGAGAUUCCUCGUCUCCCCUUCCAUGGGCGCUCGGCUAAGCUUAUAAAAGAUAUAUCCAGUGCGGAAAAGCCGUUAGUGCGAGAGAACGAGGAGACACAGCGUGGAAGUUGCCGCGGCAGGGAAAGAGAACGCCGGAAGAUGGAUGAGGAACAAGUGAAAAUGCUCAGGAGGGCUUUCUCCAUGUUCGACUCCACCAAGUCGGGGAGCAUCGAGAAGGAAAAAGUGAGGACGAUCUUGAACACCCUGGGGCACACUUUCGACGAUCACGAGCUCGAGGUGCUACUCAAGCAGGAGGACGAAGAGGGCAGCGGUAAAUUGAAUUUCGACUCGUUCUACCGGGUGGCGUCCCACUUCCAAGAGGAGGACGACGAGGCGCUGCAGAAGGAGCUGAAGGAGGCGUUCAGGCUCUACGACAAAGAGGGGAACGGUUAUAUCCCGACGAGCUCUCUUCGAGAGAUCCUGGCCGCCCUCGAUGAUCAGAUAACGCCCGAUCAAAUGGACGGCAUGAUCGCUGAAAUUGAUACCGACGGAUCCGGCACCGUUGACUUUGACGAGUUCAUGGAAAUGAUGACCGGCGAUUAAACGCGGGGCGCCUCUCGAAGACGCGGCGAAGAAGCCAGCCCUGCAUUUCCAUUCGACGAUCCUGCGACGACCUCGGAACCACCACGGACUUCGAUCGAGCCGGCCGGACAACGCUUCGGAACGGAUCGAAGAGGCGCAGAGACACAGAGAGAACCGUCCUUCAUUUCAUUUGUACAUUCGUUUGCGCGCCGUUUGUAACGACAUCGUUGA